UCAUAAUUGAUAAUAAAUUCUGAGGCAAACUAGAAAAAUACCCGACGACACCGGGGCAUAUCUAAAUGUCCAACUGAACACGCUUAUUAAAACUCGCACAAUUCGCUUAUCGAAUCAGAAGCGCACUAAUUCCAAUAUAAAUAGCUGCGGUACGAGGAGUGGAGCUUGGAGGGAUGUGGUUCUCCACUCGGCCGCUGCACAUAACAAAUGCUGAGCAAUAUAAAACCAGUCCGAUAACUGUUCAUAGCCGAUUAACCAAAGCGGCACGCAAGACACCGACCGAACCUGACCGUCGAGAGAUCUCCUCGUCGCUCCCCGAAAACCCCGGGAACUUCGAGAACCCAAACCCAGGAAACUAUGGGAAUCGAAAAGUCAGAAGACAGGUGAUGGAUACUGCAGAGAUGGUUCUACACAAACACUUUACACAGAUAGAUGGAUGCAACAGUUGUCGCUAUCCGCGUGCUGAAUGCUUUUGAUGAGCGUGAAAUACAACAGAGUCGAGAGCAGCAGCAAUUGGUUAAGAGGGCGUGGCAGCGGGGCGUCGAGGGGGCGGGUCGGGCGGCGACAGUUGUGCUAAAGGUGGCCAAAGCCACCGAGUUUCAGGCACCGAACAUCGGACAUCGUACAUCGGACAUUGGACACUGGACACCGGUCGUCGUUGGCCGGUGGUCAGUAUUCAGUGUUCUGUGUUCUGUGUUCUGUGGUCAGUGGUGCGCUCUACGGUCUGAGUGGCCUUCCAGUUCUUGGCCGCUGACAAAACGAUCGUAAAUAAUUUUUAUUUCAACUUUAAGAUACCAAACUAGUCUCCACCGACAGCGCUGCCGGCGUCGACUGCGGACAGCAGAAGUCGCUGCAGAAAUAAAUUUUUAAGAAAGUUUUGCACAAACAAAAGGCGAUGAUGCAUAAGGAAAUAACUGACUAGACUGAUUCGGAAAUUUAAUACAUUGACUAGAAAAUACAUUAUAAAUUAGAAUAUGU